UGACGGCGCGGUUCCCCGCUCGGUACCUCCGCCUCGCCGCCUUCCGCCGGGCCGCGCCUCUCCUCGCCCUUAUCCCCGCUCCCGCUCUCUCCGCCUAUCUCCUCUCCUCUCCCCGCGCCGCACGAUGCCUCUGCGGGGCUCCUGGGCCGCAGGGCCGUGGACGUGGCUGGCUCCAUUGCUCCUGGUGGCGCUGGCGAACUCCGCCGCGCGGGCCUCCGAAAUCACCUUCGAGCUGCCCGACAACGCCAAGCAGUGCUUCUACGAGGAGAUCGCCCAGGGCACCAAGUGCACCCUCGAGUUCCAGGUGAUCACUGGAGGGCAUUAUGAUGUUGACUGUCGGCUGGAAGAUCCUGAUGGCAUUGUGCUGUACAAAGAGAUGAAGAAACAAUACGAUAGCUUCACGUUCACUGCAUCCAGAAACGGAACGUACAAGUUCUGUUUCAGCAACGAGUUCUCUACUUUUACACACAAAACUGUGUACUUCGAUUUCCAGGUUGGAGAGGAUCCACCACUGUUUCCUAGUGAGAACAGAGUAACUGCACUUACCCAGAUGGAGUCUGCCUGUGUUUCCAUUCAUGAAGCUUUGAAGUCUGUCAUCGAUUAUCAGACACACUUCCGCCUGAGAGAAGCGCAGGGCCGCAGCAGAGCAGAGGAUUUAAACACUAGGGUGGCCUACUGGUCCAUAGGGGAGGCAAUUAUUCUUCUUGUUGUUAGUAUUGGGCAAGUAUUUCUCCUCAAAAGCUUCUUCUCUGAUAAAAGAACCACAACAACCCGUGUUGGAUCAUAAUUCGUAGUGGUAAUACUUCAGGUCCUUGUGUGCUACUCAUCUGUAAAAAUUAACCAUUCUCCAAUUAAUUGUACGUGCAAAAGUUCUGAAUAUAUGCAGCAUUCAAAUGUGUCUGCCCCUUAUUCCUCAAAAAUCACAAAACAGACCCAAGAUGUCAUGGCAGCUGUUUCAAGUACACGGCAGUGACCAGCCUCUCUUUAUUUCCACUGAUUUUAACCCAAACCAAAUUUGAUUUUCACCAGUUAUGAUCAGCCAACUACAAUGUAACAUUUUAAAAUAACUUAGCAGUUUAGUGUCUGUAUGUAUGAAAAUCUGAUCCAAUUUUAAUUUUUCAAUCUGAAUGUAUUGGAUUAUAAAAAGGCAAAUGUGAUGAACUGUAGAGCACUGUUUUGAUUUGCUGUUGAAAAAAAAAUUCCAAUGUUAGUACACCUUGCUUAUUUGUAGAACAAGCAAGGUUGACACUACAUCAUGGUGCAAAUUCUCCAUCAGCCCGAUAAAUCUCCACCUUCAAAACUUGCUGAGUUUUAUACUUGAGUAUGUUUGCUUAAACAUACGUUCUUCUAUGGUAAGAGAAAUUAUUUCUUCCGUGACAGAGUUUGCCUGAACAACAUGUAAGCUGAGACUACUUAGGAAAUCCACUUUCUCUAUUCAAAAAUCCCAAUCUCCAUGUUUAUUUUCACAACAGGCAACAGAAUAGGAAUCUUGUAACUUUCUCAGUGAAACUCUAAAGUUUCUGUCCUUCUACAUGUUGCUGCUGCUUUUUUGGAUUUGAGACCAGAAGUACCUUGUUUCAUUAAGCAGCAGAGCUAGCACUGGACAAGGUUAUAUUACGUGUUGGGCACAUAGAAAGCCUUUAACUAAAUUGUUUUCGUGUUAUGAGGCCUAUUUGAUACUGACACUGCAUUGCACGAGUGCUGUAAAUUUUGUUUUCCUGUGUGUGGUGCACUGAUACAUGAAGUGGUCUUGUGCAUCUGAUUGCCACUCUGUUUAGCUAGUGUAUGGGAAGUAUUUUAAGUAUUUCAGGUUAUCUUUUUGGUAGAGUUGCUUCAUUUCCAUGGCUCAUGUCUUUGUUAGCUUACAUACUGUAAAGUCGUGUUUUAUUUGAAUGUGGAAGGUAGUAAAUGCAUGUACAAUACAAGUAGCUUGAGUUGAGCUGGUCAUGAUGAUGCUAAACUCCAUCAAAUAGCUCUGGGGGAAUAAGCAGACUGACUAAUUCUCAAGUGCACACAAACUAAACAAAGGUGAAGAAAAUUAUCACAUAUUGCUAGAUAAUUCAAAGGAGGUUCUUAAACAAGUUCUUGGCAAGCAGAGAAAGAAUGCUAAACCCAUAUUAAUUUCCUGUCUUAUUUAUAUAAAAAACUUAGUUACAUGUACAGGUGACACUCGAGCAGUCUGGAGUUGUGAUCUAGGAUGACUUGAUUUUAAAAUCUUGUGGUGGCUGAAAAAAACCCAGAAGUGCAUGUAGUCUGUGUUGUGAACUUAAUGACUGCUCUUUUGAAAACCAAAAAAAGACCUUACACAGCCACAAAAUUAUUUAGAAUAUCAGAAGGGAAUUAAAAAUCUUCAGAGCUAUGUGUAAUGUUUUUCUAUCCUGUACUGACUUCUAAGUACUGAAGUCCCAUUUUGGGGUGCAAGCAUCCCAGAAAUGGUUAGACUCACAAAGAUCAGGCAUCAAACAUCUAGUGCUUUCUUCUCAGUGAUGCAAGUCUGUGCCUGCACACAGUAUUCUUGAUUGUAUCUGUAUGCUUUAUUCUUGUGAUUCAGCAACUGAUAGUGCUUUCUGUGCUGUGUUGCACACAAUAAUGAAGCAAGUGGUACACUUCUGGUGCAAGUGUCGGAUAAAAACAUGAUUUAAUUUUCUUACUGUCCACUAUUAUCCUAUGGAGUUUGAAUAUUGCUUGUGUAGCUUUAAUCAUGGCAAAGGUGUUUGAUUUAAAGACUGAAAUGUGUUGGCUUUAUUUUCCACUGAGGAAUUCUCUGUGCUGUCAAAAAGAGUGGAGUGAGACAGACAAUUGUCAGCCUCCACAUACCGAUCUCUAUUAGUUCAUAAUGCUUGAAUGUGUUAAAUGGGACUGUUCAGCUUAGUAUUGAUUCCACCACAGAGGUUUCGAGCACUUGACUUUCGCAUCAAAGUUAAGUAUCCCAACCAGUCCUCUGGUAUCCUGCUGCAUAAUGCGCAGCAGUAGAUUACAGAUGCCUUUAUUUUUGUGUUAUUGAAGACAUGGCACAAACACACAUUUAAACAUAGGUGUAUAUAGUUUUUAAAACGUGUCUGAAUAGGCUACAAUAAAACACAUGCUAACACGCAGUGGUUGAAGAAAUGCAUUGUGACUUUUGGUUAAAGCUGCAUCUUUUUAGUUUUUGAAAAUGAUAGUUUGAUUAAUGGUUGAUACACAUGUACACGCUCUGCGUCAAAGGGGAUAUAACUGUGUUCUAAAUUGCUGGAGGCCCUAGGUUUCAGCUAUUCCUUGGAUGUUUUAUGUUUACAGAACUUCUUUUCUUGUCCUGAAAUGUCAGUUCUUAUUUUAGUUGGGGGUGGGGGGCAUGGGGAGGAAGUUUUGUUUGAUUAAGUAAAAAAGCAGUCCCUGUGAAUAUUUUAUGGGGAAAAUAAAAGUUAAUAUAUGA